AUGAACAUUUGUCAGUGGUAUCAGGACCUGAACAUGGCUAUGCAGUGGGUGGAAACCCUAGAGUUCUGUCACUGCUGCCUCAACCCCAUAAUCUAUGUCUUUGUAGAGCAGAGAUUCAGGAAUUUAUUUCUAAAGAUCCUGAAAGAGUGGUUUCCUUGUUGCUUUGGCUGGUACACAGCAACCGAAAUAAGUGAUAUUUGUUUUUCAUAAACAGCUGAGAACUAUUCUGAUUACGACAAAAAUCUGGGCGAGUACUCACCCCACAUCACUACGGACAUAAAGGCUUUCCGCCAAGUCUUCCUCCCUAUACUCUACAGCAUCGUUUUCAUCGUGGGGUUCAUUGGCAAUGGCCUGGUUGUUUGUGUUUUGGUCAAGUACCACAAAAAGUCCAACAUGUCAGAUGUGUGCCUCUUCAACCUGGCCCUUUCAGACCUCCUUUUCCUUCUCUCAUUGCCUUUCUGGGCUCAUUACGCCGCCAUCACUCAGUGGGUCUUUGGGAGCUUCAUGUGCCAUGCAGUGACAGCGCUAUAUAUGCUGGGAUUCUAUGGAAGUAUCUUCUUCAUGAUCCUCAUGACUGUAGACCGCUAUGCGGUCAUUGUCCACACCUAUAACUCCCUCUUCUCCAAAUACCGGUCUGUCAGAGCAAUCAUAGCCCUGAUUUUGUUUACGUGGACACUUAGCCUGGUAGCUUCUCUGCCAAACAUCAUUUUCUCACAAACAAGCAUGUCAAAUAAACCAAAUGUAUGGACAUGUAGUUUUGAACAUCCAAACCUGAAAUGGAGGCUGUUCUCUUACAUCGAGCUGAACAUCCUCGGCUUAAUCAUUCCUCUCUCAGUGAUGGUGUUCUGCUACUCGCGCAUCAUCCCCAUCUUAAUGUCCAUGAAGUCUCAGAAGAAACACAAAGCUGUAAAGCUCAUACUGGUUUUGGUCAGUGUUUUCUUCCUCUUCUGGACACCCUACAACAUCGUCAUCUUCCUAAAUUACCUGCAUUACCUGGGUUAUAUGAGCACAAAUCAGUGGCAUCAGGACCUGAACAUGGCUAUACAGUGGGUGGAAAGCAUAGCAUUCACUCACUGCUGCCUCAACCCCAUCAUCUACGCCUUUGUGGGGCAGAGAUUCAGGAAUUUAUUUCUAAAGAUCCUGAAAGAGUGGUUUCCUCUUUGCUUUGGUCAGUGCCCAACAGCUGAAAGUGAGCUCUAAAAGAAGAUGACCAUUAUGUAAUCAUGCUCCUCAGAGACUUCAAAAACAAAGUCACAAAAAUCAAAACUCUAACCGUUAUUAUUAGAUUAUUAUUAUUAUUACAUAAUGUUCCCCUGGGCAUAUGUGCUAACAAUAUGUUGACAUCAUGAAGUGUUUAGAACAUAACGUAUACAGAUUUAUACUUUGCAAGGUUUUUUGUUUUUGUUUGUUUUUGCCUCAGUCCCAGGAACAGAAUUAACAUACAGUACUCUAAUGUGAGCUGCCUGAAUGAGGGUCUGUUCGGUACUCUCUCAUUAUUUUGGUACUCUGUUCAUUCUACAGAUUCACAUUUACCAUCAAAUAUCCUAUAUCUGUGACUCUGUCCACUGACUCCUUCUGUAUGUUGUGUAUUUGUGUUUUAUACGAUUAACACAUUCUUUACUUUCAUUAAUUAAAAUAUUAUUCUUUGGAAUCAGUUUCAUUAAGUUAACAGUAACCUCAUAAAUUGGAGUUAGGUCAUUAAUUCAGUGGACUGGAAUCAGAUAUUUAAGUCCAAUAGUUGCAGCUCUACCUGUACUUCAGACAUAAGAAAGAAGAGUUAAAAAGGAAAAAAUAUAUUAAAAAUUAAAGAACAAUUUCUGUUUAAAGUGUUCUGUUUAAAAAAAAAAACAAAACAAAAACUCUUUGUAUUUAUUCAUAAGAUUCUAACAGGUAUGCAUUAUUAGAGAUUAUUAGGUUUGUCUUAUGGUUGAUAUUAGACAGGGUUUGUAUUACCUGUUGUGUGUUUCUACCUGAUUACAGUGAGUCAGUCAAUUAUUUAACUAUCAUUAUAAAAAACUAUUUCACAUUUACAUUUUUCUUUCAAUUCUUGAGUAUUUAUCUUAGCUCUUGUACAGUUAACCAAAAACAUUUUACCUGCAGUGCUACUUGUUUAAUAAAAUAGUUUAACACUUAUGUUAUGCUCACUAUUUGGAACUUUAGUACUCUCCAGGGAAAAACUAACCUGGACAUUAUUGGUGUUUUAAAAGCACUACAGAAAUAAUGUAAAAAAUAUUUACAGGUCUUUAACCAUAACCAUUUGUGAAUAUUUGCAAUUACUAGAUCACAUUAAACAAUAAAAGUGUCAUUCGUUUUUGUAAUAAAGUUAUGACUUGUAUAACAAAAUAUAUUAUAAUAAAGAAA